AUGCCGGCCCGCCUGCUGUCCGGGCUGGCGCUCUGUCUUCUGCUGGCACCUCUGGCAGGGGCCAAGCCGGUGCAGGAGGAGGGAGACCCCUACGCCGAGCUGCCAGCCACGCCCUACUGGCCUUUCUCCACGUCUGACUUCUGGAACUACGUGCAGCACUUCCAGGCCCUGGGGGCCUACCCCCAGCUGGAGGACAUGGCCCGCACCUUCUUCGCCCACUUCCCCCUGGGGACCACCCUGGGCUUCCACGUCCCCUACAGGGAGGAGUGA